CCUGCAGCCCGGUUCGGUCCGAUUCAGCCCGGAUCGGUUCGCCCCACAGCCCGCCAUGUUGCAGCUCCGUGGUCAGUCCGCGGGGUUUCACGGCUGCAGAGGCGAUUCAAUGGAGAGAGCUCUGCAAACUGAGGGGUUACUCCCCCACUGUGACCACUGAGGCUAAAGGAAUAUAAUUUGGGAAUCAUGAAGGAAAGACGUGACGGUUCUGCGGUACCGGAGUUCGAUAUUGGGAGGAAACCGGAAGCGACGGGUGACCAGAACCUGCAGCCUGACUCCGGUUCUGCUCAGAAAAUCCUGGAGAGCGGAGAAUCCGUGGAUCAGAGGACGGMUGCGUCGGACCUGCAGAACAGCGUCAUGAACCCAGGUCGAGUUUUUCCUCUGGAUGAACUUCCUGCUUCACCAGGAGCAACAGGAGACACUUCCUGUCCUGAAACUCCAAACUCCGCCCAUGGAGAUCCGGUUUUCCUGGACCAUCYCGGAGGAAAAGCUCCUCCCUGCGAACCCGAGACGGAUUCCCAGCUUCCGGAUCCGAAAAGUCGGCAGGAGAACAUCUAUGGCUCGGUUCUGCACCAGAUGCUGCAGCAGCAGAAACACAAACACGGCAGGAGGUACAAGAAGAAGACGCUGAUGAAGAUGGCCAGGCUGCUGGUCAUAGCCAAAGGCUGGGAUCACCGGGAAAACCAGAGUCUGAGUCUGCAGGAAGAGAUGGACCUAAAAGAGGAGAUUUCCGUGUCCAUACAGGGGAAAAAAGUUCCUGGGAAUCCAGACACGUCCAGGAAUCUUUCUGGAGAAAUCGGGUCGGAGUCCAACAGUGAAAAAACAAAAAUCCCACCGGAGAGAUGCAGGAAAAAAGCUACUGAAGCUCCCAAAGCUGCUGGGGAGAAAACGGAUGAAACUCCUGGAGGAWCGGGAUCAGAUUUUACUCCGAAGAACAAAGAGGAAAAACCAGAAACCGAAAAGGAUCCUGAGCUCAAGCUCAGGAAGAAAGCUGGUCGGAAAAGGAUCAGAGAACCASAGAGUCUGUCCGUCUCACCUGGAGGAAAACGGAARAGGAAAAUGGAUCCUGUGGCUCAGAUCCAGAUCACUCCGACUGCUUCUGAGGCGAACGUAGGUUCGUCAGGRUUUGCCGGGAAUACUGYUGCACAGGAAACUGAACCGCAGGARARCAGGAGGAAACCCAGGAAGAGCARAAAUCCGUCUGCCGAGCGGCUCCCAACAGGAGGCGAUCCUCUGCCAGAGGAAAWCCGAACCAAACYGGAAGAAGAAGCAUCAUCUCCGGAUGUGUUUCCCAAAUUACAACUGGAAAAACGAGGAGCUAAAACAAACAAAAUGUCCAUCUGGGAUCAAAUUCCAWCUGCUGAAAUGUCAAACAUCCAGAAUGAAACCGGAAAAAAACGCMCCAAAACCGUUCCUGCUGAAGAGGAAACGAUGGACUGGGAUGAGAGGCGAGGAACGUUCAGUCAGAAGCCGGACGAAGAUCCRAUCCGGAGCUGGACAAAGCCAAAAGGUCAAGGUCCGAAGAAAAAAAUACGGCAGCAAAMCUUAAACUUCCAGAGUAAGACCCAACCAGCUUGGGAAGCUCCCGCAAGCCGGCCCGAUUUUCCUCCCACUGACGCAAUGCCAGCAAACCCUUCCACGGAAAAUCAAGAGUUUACCAACUGGGAUGAAUCAGAUGAAGGCUGGAAUUUUGGGAAAAUCAGGAGAUCCUGCACUUUGGGAGCCAAAACAAGCUCAGCCGCUGACGAAUGGUUGAUCCGAUACCUGAAAGGUUCCCGAAGGAAAGCUUCYUGUAAGGCCAGCAACAUCCCCGAGUUAAUGGGAAAAGAUGAGCUGAAGUCGGAAAAUGGGACAAAAUCCAAACAAACCAAGAGAGGUGAGAAAAAAUCCACCGGACCGUCCGCCAACGGUGAAACUGCUCCUGGCAAUGUGAAACGAAAAGGGAAAAAUGCAAAACAAGAGUCGGCAGUGGAGUUAAACAAAGACAGAUUGGGUUUUCCAACUCUUCCUGCUUCCAAUUCGGCUUCAAACCGACAGGAAGAGGAGAGGAUGAGGAGGAAAAGGACCGUAAGAAGGAAAACAGGACCAAAAAKAAGACGAGCGCUAAACAAGGACAUAAAAACUGGACCAAAAAUCCUGGAAUCUGAAGUAAAACAUCCAAAUGAAGGAGAUCCAGGAAACCCUGAGGAUGGAAAACCAUCAAGCGUGAGGCGUGGAAGACAGAAAAAUGUUUUUACAACCAAGAAGGAAGACCAUGAGACCGAAAAAUCCCAGCUGAUGUCUCCAUUUCAGAAUAAAAGCAACACGACAGAAACCAGAGUGACUCCAGAAACAAGAGGAAAAAUGAAUCUGCUCCAAAUCGAAGGAACUUCUCUGAAAGAUGAUUCUCUGGRGGUCAAGUCCAAAACGGCGCCUAGAAAAAUGAAAAAGAGCCCAAAAAAGAGGCGGAUAUUAAAGAAACACUCAAUAAUGAAACCAAAAGUCCUGGAAUCUGAUGAAAAACAUCCAGAUAAAGUAGAUCUAGGAACUCCUGAGGAAGGAAAAACAUCAAUUCAAGAUGGAAGCAGUGAAACUGGAGCGACUCCAGAAACAAAUGUAAUGAGUUUGCUCCAGACUGAAGGAACAGCUGGUCUGACAGAUGGUUCUCUGGAGGUGAGGACUGUAAGAAGGAAAACAGGACCAAAAAAGAGGCAAAUAUUAAAGAAAAACUCAAUUUCAGAACCAAAAAUCCUGGAAUCUGAUGAAAAACAUCCAGAUGAAGGAGAUCCAGGAAGUCCUGAAAAUGGAAAACCAUCCUCAGGUGUGAGGCGCGGCAGAACGAAAAACGUUCUUCCAAUCAGAAUAGAAGAUGAAAUUUCCAACAUCAUUGAAAUACUGGAAGCUGAUAAAGAGACUGAGAAGGAGAAAUCUCAGUUGAUGACUUCUGAACUCACAGAACCAAAUCAGACRAAUCUGCUGCAGUUUGAAGGAAUUUCUGAUCCGAAAGAUGAUUUCCUGGAGACUAAGUCCAAGAUGGCGCCCAGAAAAAUGAAAAGGGGACGAAAAAAGARGCWGAUGUUAAGAAAACGUUCUGCAACUGGACCRAAAAUCCAGGAAUCUGAUGGAAAACAUCCAGAAAUACAAAGUCCUAAAGACGGAAAACCAUCAAAUCAAGAUGUAAGCAGCUUAAUGGGGUCAGGAGGUCAAACCGGAGCAACUCCAGAACCAAAUCAGAUCAAUCUGCUCCGGAUCGAAGGAAUUUYUGAUCCGAAAGAUGAUUCUCUGCAGACUAAAUCCAAGAUGGCGCCCAGAAAAAUGAAAAGGGGACGAAAAAAGAGGCGGAYGUUAAGAAAACGUUCUGCAACUGGACCGAAAGUCCUAGAAUCAGAAGAAAAACAGCCACAAGAAGGACAUCCAGGAACUCCUGAUGGCGGAAAAUCAUCAAUUCAGGAUGAAAGAGGCUUAAUGGAUUCUACAGGUCAAACUGGAGUGACUCCAAAUCAGAUUAAUCUGCUACAGAUCGAAGAAAAGUUUGAUGUAAAAGAUGAUUCUCUGGACAUUAAGUCCAAGACAGCGCCCAGAAAAAUGAAAACGAGACCAAAAAAGAAGCGGACCUUAAGAAAACGUUCUGCAACCGGAACAAAAAUGUUCGAAUCUGAUGGAAAACAUCCAGAUGAAGGAAAUGCUAAGGAUGGAAAACCAUCAAGCGUGAAGCACAGAAGAAAGAAAAGUGUUCUUCCAAUCAAAAUGGAAGAUGAAGCUCCCAGUCUGAUGGGGAUGGAAGAGUCUGGGAACGAGAAUUCCCAGAUGAUGUCUACAUUUCAGGCCAAAAGCAACACGACAGAAUCAGGAAGUGAAACCAGAGCGACUCCAGACAUUCAAGGAAAGAUGAAUCUGCUCCAGACUGAAGGAACGUCUGAUCUGAACGAUGAUUUCCAGGAGAUGGUGCCAACAGAAAUGAGAAGGGGACCAAAAACAAGCCGGUUGUUAAGAAAACGUCCUGCAACUGAACCAAACACUCUGGGAUCUGAACAUCCAAAGAAAGGAGCACCAGGAACUCCUGAUAAUGGAAAACCAUCAAAUCAGGACAGAAACAGCUCGAUGGGGUCAGGAGGUCAAACCAGAGCGACCCCAGAACCAGAUCGGAUAAUUCUGCUGCAGAUCGAAGGAACGUCUGGUCUGAAAGAUGAUUCUCUGAACGCUAAGUCAAAGAUGGCGCCCAGGAAAAUGAAAAAGGGACGGAAAAAGAGGCGGAUAUUAAGAAAGCGUUCUACAACUAGAGCUAAAAUCCUGGAUUCUGAUGAAAAACCAGAAGAAAAAGAUCCUGGAGCUAAUGAGGAUGGAAAACCAUCAACUCAUGAUGAAAACAGUCCAGAGGAUUCAGGAGGUCACACCGGAGCGACUCCAGAACCAGAUCGGAUCGAAGGAACAUCUGCUCUGAAAGAGGAUUUCCUGAGAGUGAAGACCGUAAGAAGGAAAUCAGGACCAAAAAGGAAACGAGUGUUAAAGAAAAACCUGAAAGCAGAACUUAAAAUACUGGAAUCUGAAGAAAGACAUCCAGAUCCAGGAAGUCCUGAGGAUGGAAAACCAUCAAGUGUGAGGAGCAGAAGAAAGAUAAAUGACUUUACAAUCAAGAUGGAAGAGGAACCAAUUUUCAUUGAGAUGGGAUCUAAUAAAGAGUCAAAGAUGGAGAAAUCCCAGCUGAUGUUUUCAUUUCAGGAUAAGAGCAACACAAAGGAAUCAGGAAGUGAAACCAGAGCGACUCCAGAAGUACCAGGAAAGACGAACCUGCUCCAGACUGAAGGAGUACCAACCGAUCCCAAAGAUGAUUCUGGCAAAGUUUUCUCCAUGGUACAAGGACAAAUGCAAUCAUUUCAGAAAGACUCAGCAAGACCUAAAAUCCAGGAAUCUGAUGAUCAUCCAUAUGAAAGGGAUGCAGGAGCUUCUGAAGAUGGAAGAAUGUCUGAAACGUCCAACACAGGACACGGAAGAAAGACAAAUGUCUUUACAAUCAAGUUGGAAAAUGGAGCUUCUAAUAAAGAGCCUGAGGCGGAGAAGCCGUUUCAGGAAUCUGCUUCAUCAACAGCUCCAGGAAAAACCAGGCAGAAGAGACGGCGGAGGAGCAGAACACACUGGUCUGGACAUAGAAAAGCAAAGAAACCUCGGGUCUGCUCAAUCUGGGAUGUUCCGGCUGUCUCCAGUUCCUGUGACCAAACCUUCAACAUCCAACAAGAAAAUCAGGAGAAUCGGAUGACAACAAACGCUCCAUCCGGAUCUGAGAUUUCUCAUCACCUCCAGAAGAAGAAGAACAAAAACCUCCAGUGCUCUUUCUGUUUGCGCUCUUUUCGCCACAUCUCAGCGCUGACGCUCCAUAAACGGCUCCACACGGGCCGGAAACCGUACGGAUGCUCCAUCUGCGCCAAGAGCUUCUCCACGCUCCCUGAACUGAAGCUGCAUUCGAAGCUCCACAGGGGGCCGCCAGCCACUCACUGCCCGAUCUGCGAAGAAACAUUCAGGGACAAAACCAAACUCAUCCGUCACCUCAAGGUCCAUCUGGCCGAGGUGGAGGGACUCCAGGCAGAACCGGGAAGAAGAAGACGAUCCCGCUUGGCUUCCGGCCAGGAGGAAACCUUCAGGUGUCCGGUUUGCUCCAGGGAGUUCACCAAGAAAUCUGCAUUUGAAAACCACCGACGGAUUCAUGACAGGAAAGCCUUCAGAAAUCCAAGAAGGAUCCAUGGAUUCCACGUCUCCGAAGCCGGCGAUACAACAGUUGUCACUCCAGUGUUUUUUAAAUGUCCGAUCUGCCGGCAGAUCCAUCGCCGCUGGUGCCACUACGUUCUGCAUUUACAUUCCCACGCGAUGGGAAAACCUCACCACUGUUACGUCUGUAGGCAGGAGUACAGCCGGGCGGCUGGAAGCAGACGGCACUGCUCGGUCUGCUGCAGAGCCAGCGGAGAAGAGGCGGCUUGUCGAGGUUCCCUGGAGGACAUCUGGAAGGAGACGGGAGACUCUGUGAGUCCAAGAAAAAUAUCGGCAAUUCCUGAAGAAGAACGCAACGGGAAGGCGCUUAUUCCUCCACCCUUGUCUGGUGGCUCAGGCCCGUCUGUGAUUGAAGACUUUGAUGUUGACGUUUCUUAUCUGAACUUUGUUUUCUCCAAUCCAACAUUCAGUCCUGAACCUCCCAGACUCAGCCUGCAAUCCUGGUGUGGUCGAUUCGGAAACAAACGGCGGCCGCAUCGGCGAGCUUUCCGCUGCAGCCGCUGCGAGCUGGAGUUCCACUUCCUGGGAUCAUACAUGGAUCACCUGCAGGAACACACACCCAAAACGCCGAAUGCUUGUCUCUCCUGCAAUAAACCACAGCUGGAGCCUCGAGUCAGGCAGCCGGAUGGUUUGAAAUGCAGCACUUGUGGGAAGCUCUUCUCCACUCCGAGGAAUCUGCGGAAGCACAAGCUGCUCCAUAAAGCGGCCCACUCCCACAUCUGUCUGCCGUGCGGCCGCUCCUUUCCAGGCCACUCCGCCCUGGAGGCUCACCUAGAGGCUCAUCGGCGGCGGCUGAGUGUGCCGCGGCCAGCGCGCGUUGAGGAGCCCUUCCUGUUUCCCUACCCCUGCAGGAAAUGCUCCGCCAGGUUCUCCAGCACCGAUCUGCUGGAGGCCCAUCAGGUGUGCCACUCCUUCGCAGGGAGGAAGCCGGAAAGUCCUCCGGAGAGCAUCCUGUCCUUCAUUCCUAACCCGCAAACGGUUGCCGUCUCUUCGCCUGGGCCGAAACGGUGGCUGCUGGUGAACAACAGGAAGGACCUGUUCAGGUAUCCUCAUCCAGACCGCCUCUACGUCGUCCCCGCUGCCUCCUCAGAGACGCCCGCUGUCGUUUCUGAGACGCCCGCCGUCGUUUCGGAGACGCCCACCGUCGUUUCGGAGACGCCCACCGUCGUUUCGGAGACACUCGCCGUCGUUUCGGAGACGCCCGCUGUCGUUUCGGAUACGCCUGACAUCGGUUUGGACCUGGAGUCGGGAACUAACCCAACCUCAGCGGAGCUUCAGCUCCAGCGCCUGGUGAAAUCUUUAAUUCCUGAAAAACGUCUGACGACAAGCGACAGCAGCGACUCUGAGGACGAACCGACGGUGCUUCGGCAAAACUGUGCAAUCUGUAUGCAAACCUUCACCGACGUCACGACUCUACAUGAACAUUACCGCAACCACGCCAGAGGAAUGUGAUGGACCGGAACCAGAACCAGGAGAAAGGGAAUCCUGAACUUUUGGCUGUGAAGCAACAGACACGUUUGUUUGUUCCUUUAAAAUGAAAAAGUUAAAAAAAACAAACAUGUUUUUGUCUCUGUGAAAAAGUUUUUCAUCACUGCAUUUUCUUUAGCUUUUUACUUUUAAACAUUUGUUUGAUGUUGAUGUCAAUCUGCAGUGUUUGAUCUUUAAAUAUUUUUGUUUUAUAGUUUUAGAACAAUUUUUUAUUUUAUUUUAAGCUUUAGAUACUUGGU